AUGAAAAUAAUUUUAAUUUUUUCAUUUAUUUUUUUAAAUUUAAUAUAUAUUUGUAAUAACAGUUUAUUUGUAGCAUCGCAAGAUAUUAAACUAAUAAAUGGGUCAACAGAAUCGAAUUUAGUUUAUACAAGUUCAAGUACUUGUAUUUUAGUAGUCGACAUCGAAAUUCCACCAAAUUCAGAAAUAGAAGUCUCUCCAAGUGGGUUUGCAUUAACUCCCAAUCAAAAAGAAGAAAGAUUAUAUAGAGUUAAUGCAAAUAAUUUACCUAUUGGUAGUGGUGUCAUUUCUUUAACUAUCACUCCAGGUCCAACUAUUUUUGAAAUAGGAUAUUCAUGUAAAUCAAUAGAGUUUUCAAAAUUACAAUAUAAAAUCAUUUCUAAACUUUUUUAUCACCAUUCUUCAUAUAAAGCAACAUUCCAAAUUAUUGGAAGCAUCAUUCCAAAUAUUGAAUUAAGUGUCAUCGAAUAUAAUUGUAAUGGGGGUACUAAUUGCAAAUUAAAUAAAAUCAAUGAUAACACAUUCGAUAUUGUUUUUUUUGAAAUUCCAAAGGCAUAUAAAAAUGAUUGGGUUCUUCAGUUAGGUCUCAGUAAUCCAUAUAAUCUUAUUCUUGAGUCACCAUAUAAAGGUUCAGGCAGCUUAACAUAUGGUUCAUAUACAACUCCACCUAAAGAGUUUAAUUGUUCCAGCCAAACUCAGUUACCUGUUUUUUAUUUUGAAGUUGGAUAUGAACACCAAAAUUUUUAUAUUCCUCCAGCAUUUUCUUUUAGUUACACCCAAGCAAACGAUACCGAUAUUGUCAGAAAACCAAAAAUUCAAUAUAUAGAUGGAUUCGAUUAUUUUUUAUUUAAAACUGUUGAAAGACCAAAUGAAGAUAGCUUCUCUUUAGCAUAUUUUUUAGAUUCAUAUAGCUUUGAGGUGUCUCAAACAACACAAUUUGUACAAAAUAAUCUGAAUAAUUAUAUAACUAGUUUCUAUUUAGGUAGUAUUAAAAAUCAAAAUAUGGAUUUUCAAAUGGAUUCCCCAUAUGCCAUUACUUACAGUUCUCCUUCAAGCGCCUUUUAUAAUAUUAAAGUAUCAGUACCAUUUUACAAAGGUUCUAAUUAUCCAAUUAAUUUUUUAUCUAAUGAUAGCUUAUUUAUAAUUGUUACUGGUGUACCAAAUAUAGAUUGGGUUACAUUGGAUCAAUCAUAUUUUAUGUUAAGAGUAAGUGUGUCGGAUUCAAAUGGUCUUAGACUAUUAAGAUUAACACCCAAUUCAUAUGGUAAUACAAUGUUGGCUCAAGGAACACUUCAAAAUGGUAUCUUUGAAUUUAAAUUCAGUUAUUUGGAUAGUUUUAUAGAUUUUCAAUCCCAAUCAUUGAUUUUAUUAGUAUCAAACGGAAUAGAAGAAUUUGAACAGUCUAUUCAGUAUAAUGAAGUAUUGAAAUUAUCGCCAUUCUCAAGAUUUCUCGCCGAUCCUUUAUUAGAAUCAUUAAAAGGUUUUGAUAUGUUAUCAAAUAUAAAAAAAAUAUCAUUUUUAAAUAAUAAAAUGAAUGUAACAAAUAAUGAUGGCUGGAAUUUAAUGUUUUUAGAGUUUAAAGAUGGGGUUCAAAAUUACGAGCCAAUGUUAUCAGUUAUAAAGGAUGUAACUGAGCAAUCUUAUUUCCAUAAAACCUUUGAUUCAUCAGACUUAAAUAUCCAAAAUUAUUAUGGACAAUGGAACAGGGACUACAGUUUAUAUAUUAUCGAAUUUUUCAUCCCAAGAAAUAUUAUAGCUGGAUUUUUAUCAUAUUCUUUAUCAAUCACCUAUAAUAAGUACAGUAUUGUUUAUAAUCAAGAUCUACCAAGUGAAUAUCAAUUGACUAUAGUAUCCUCUAAAACAGAUUUCCAAGGGCCAAUAAUAAAAAAUCUCAUAAUGAAACUUUUACCUGGUCAAGAUUACGAUUUUAUAGUUUGGAAUAUAACAAUAUCAGAUUCAAUAAAUGGUUUUAAAGAUGGUUAUAUUUUGGUUAGAAGUUUAAACGAUUAUUCAAAAUAUAAUUAUACAUUAUCAAAAGAUACUAUUAUCGUAGGUGAUAUUUACGAAGGUUUGCAUCAAAUUAAAGUCCAAGUGCCUGCAACAUCUUGUGGCCAAACACCUGAUUCUUUUAAUAUUUUCCAAAUCUUUGAAGUAUUUUUUAGAGAUUCUGGUGAUAAUCUUUCCCAUUUCAAGAUUCAAGGCAAAAUUAAUAAAUUAGCUUAUACAGAUCCUUUUUCUUUCAACAUUACUUUAUUAUAUAAUUUAUCUUAUCAAUAUAUUUGUACAUUAAAACCAACCGAUGACCCAAUAUCACCUUCAAUUAUGUCUUUAGAUGUUUCAGCAUAUAGUAUAAAUGUCUUCAGUACGAAUAGAAAGCUUCAAUUCAAUCUACAUGCCGAAUGUCAAUCAACUAUUAAUAUAUAUAGCCCACCAACAAUUUAUCUUUCCUCCUUCUUAAACCCAAAUAUAAUUCAAGUUCCACUAUCUUUGGUGAACUGCACAGAUCCUUCAAAUAAAGUAUGCUUUUUUACUGGUAUUUAUGAGGUUUCCUUGGGUUUUGGUUACCCAGAUGGUAUCUUGUAUUCAUUAUAUGGCCUCUCAAGUGGACGUGGUACCAUGGUUGGAAAAACUUCAGGUGAAAUAGGAAAGUAUAUAGUCACAUCAAAUAGUACUUUAACAUCACCAUUAAUUACUUCAACUGGGAAAAUAACAUCUAAUGGAGGUUCAUUAAGAAUAGAUGGUAUUGUUUUGCAUAAUGCAAAAUCAGUUUUAGUAUCAUAUAGUGAUAGGAGCAGCCAAAUAAUUGCUCCAUCAAAAAUAUUUUCAACAUCUUUAAUUAUUCCAAACAUUAAACCAACUAAAAGUGCAUUCACUAUUAAAAUAACUUCUUCAAAUGGUGAACAAUCCAAUACUUUCACAGUAAGUCCAACUAUAUCAAUUGAUAUCCCACCAAAUCCCCAAAAACCAACAGUUACAUGUAAAAAAGAUAGUUCAGGAAAUAUUUGUGGUGGAAACACCAAGGGUGAAUGUAUUAAUAAUCAAUGUAUUUGUAAAUCACCUUGGAUUGGGUCAGACUGUAGUUCAAAGAUUAUCGUAAUCCCAAAACCAGAACCAUCUUUAGAGGAGCCAUCAACAACAAUUUUGGUAGAUGAAGAGGAUGAUGUUUUAAAGAGUAUUAUUUCAGUUGUCCAGUUAAGAGAAUUAGAUUAUCAAAGUGAGCCAGUUAAGAAAUACCAAUUUGAAAUUUGGCACAGAACAAAUUUAUCUUCUUCUGCUUAUCAAUAUAUCUCCAAUAUAACUAAUAACAAAAUAAACACAAUAGUAAAUGUUACAUUGCAAUGGUUUGAAUCUGCAGCAACUAUCAACUUUGCAAAUCAAGUUGUUGAAAUGAAUCCAUCAUCAUUAAAGUACACAAUAACAAUUGGCGAAUAUGGAUUUGAAUCCACAUUAAACUCACUUCAAUUGGUAAUGCUGUCAACAGUAAAGUCAAAUAUCGAUGAUUGUUCAUAUAAAGAAUUUAAUAAUCAAACUUCAGACGAUUACCUCAGAUUAAAAAUUAGAGGUAAAUCAUUAUAUGGAAGAUUUAUCAAGAGAGCAGUAUUGGAUGAAACCAAAAUUAUUUCAAUUUCAAAUCAGAUUUUAGAUAAAGAUAUGGACUCGGCAGAUAAUGAAAAUAGUUUACAAUCUUUUAUUGGUAUAAAUAUACCUUAUUUCCAAUUUAGUGCUGUGAUAGACCCAGAUUAUUCAGUCAUCGUUGAUCACUCUGCAAAUAAUGAUGGUGAUACUUUUUGCUCAAGUGGUAAAAAAGGUUUGACUAGUUUAAAUAUUGUAGGAAUCACAUUGGGUUGCUUCUUUUUUGUGGUUGCAUGUGGAAUCUGUUAUCUUUAUUAUCGUAAUAAAGUUCAAAGAAGAAAAGAGUUUUUAGAAAAAUUGAAACAAUCAGAAAUGACAAUGUUAGAAUUAGAAACAAAUAGUAAUAACACAAUAACAAUAGAUUUAGAAAAACAUUAA